UCGGUGAGGGAAGCCCUCGAUGGUGAUUGGCUGCUGGGGCAGGGAACAUUAUAAAGACCCUGAUGAACGUGGAGCUUCAUGGUCUCCCCUGACAAAUCAAUGACCAGGAACCUUCAGCAGACACACUCUGCUGCUCCCACCCACACGAAUUUUUACAGAAGUUAAAAGUUCCUUUUUUUCAUUUUACUGUCAAACAGUAGGCCUCCUUUUAUUCCAUGUCGUGAGGCUGAAAUAAAGGCCUGUGAGAGUUUAGCUGAGGCCACGAGCAGAUGCGCUACAAUAAGAGUGACAAGAGGGAGAUUUUUUUUUUUCUUCAGUCUUCGUUGAGUGAGAGGAAAUUUUGAAACAUUGUGCAAUGGUGCCACAAAAGUUUUGAAAGGUUGUGUGAGGGUUUUGCCAGCGAAGCGUCUGACAGUCGGUCCAUUGGACAAGAGGUCUCCAUGUUGCAUCCAUACAGAAUGGAGAGCUACCUCAUCCCUCCUCAGCACACAGAUGAAAUGUACGAGUCCGACAUCUACAGACAUCCAAUUACAGAAUAUUAUAAUCCAUAUGUGUUAGAUGCAGAUAUCCAACCAGAUCACUGGGACUACCACCCUCACCCUCACGUGCACCCAGUGGAGUUUGAAAACCUCCAGGAGACCAACUUCACAGAGCUGCAGAGCGUGCAGGCCCUCCACUCGCCUGCCCUCAUACGACACGACGCCAUACGAUACGACCCAGAGAGCCUGCUGGAUGCUAAUCUGGCCGCUCAUCCACAUGUGUUGCAGCAGUCAAAGGUAACUUUCUUCCCGCGGGCGGUCUACCCACCACACGUGUCUCAGCGCAGCUCCGACGAUGAAGAGCACGGAGGAAGGAGUCCUCCGUUGGAGGUGUCCGAUGAGGAGCACUCCAGAGAUCGAGUCCCUUACGUCUUACCAGGAGAGCUGGGUAAUAAGAAGAAGAUCCGUCUGUACCAGUUCCUGCUGGACCUUUUAAGGAACGGCGACAUGAAGGACAGUAUCUGGUGGGUGGACAGAGACAAAGGGACAUUCCAGUUUUCAUCCAAACACAAAGAGGCCCUCGCACACCGCUGGGGAAUCCAGAAAGGGAAUCGCAAGAAGAUGACCUAUCAGAAGAUGGCUCGCGCUUUGCGCAACUACGGCAAAACUGGAGAGGUGAAGAAGAUCAAGAAGAAGCUGACGUAUCAGUUCAGCGAUGAAGUUCUGGGGAAAAGUCAUCUGGAGAGAAAAACAUACAUUUAGCAGGUGGGAUCCUUUCGGAUGUAGCUGUAGAUAGUUAGUUAGUCAGGCCGUCUGAUCUAGAGUAGGACUGGUUUAAGUACAGCGAUCCCCUAAAGAAACUGAUGCAUUAAACUGCCAGCAAGCUCUCACCAUUUCACACAGACUCUGUCCUCCAUGCUGUCACUUUGAAACUCACAAUAAAGCCACAAACAAACAUAAAAAUGUACAUUUUUAGUCAUUUAUAACUGGUUAUUUGUCAAGUUCAGCCCUUCGGAGGACUUCAAUUUGAUAAACGUAUUGGUAACAUUUUUUUCAUCUUAUAUAAGUAAAAUAUAAUUUGUACAAUAAGUCUCCUUAAAUAACUUUCAGAACUGCUUGUAAACAUGAUCCUACAAGAUGAACACAAAUGUAUAAGUUUGUGUAGCAUUUACAUUUUUUUCUUAAGAAAAUGCUAACAAAAAAGGUCUUGAAUAAGUGAUCUUGAUACACCUUCAAUGUUCCUCCUCCUCCAUUUUUAAUCUCCUGUGUUAGACAUGCAAAAGUUCUCGUCAUUGUGUAUCAUUUGUGUGUGUGUGUGUGUGUGUACAUAGCCUGUCAACGUUGCAAGUUUAUAUUUAAAGCAGCCUAAAGACGUGACGCGAUCAUUGAACAGGAUUAACUGUGAUUAGUUAAUAUAUCAUGCUACAUGCAAAUAUUUACAUAAAAAGGAAAGUAACUGUACAAAUAAAUGAAAGUGUCUUUAAUCCAAAAGGGUUUGUAUCAAGUGUUUUAUGUGUAACUGCAGACGGUUGACUUCAACAAACAUCAAUGACAAAAAAAAUGUGUUUGAAGAGAGAGGAAGAGGAAACUAAUCUGCACAAUUGAAUAGUGUUAGGUUUACAAAUGUGGUCUGUUAUCUUUGGGUGCAUGUCAGAGAAUAACUGGUAGCUUUAGAGGAACUUGGAGGCUUAAAAUGGGCCCAGAGGGUGAAGUGGCUUGUCACUGCUUGUUCAUUAUCUGACUGUGAAUCCUGACACGCUGCGGGGUCCGGCUCUCCGUUUACGGGGUGUGAGGUGUCACAUCAUGUCAAUAGGCGGCACAGAAAUUAAAGUUCAUUAACGUAUAGUCUGUGUGUCAGUUUCACCCACUGUCAUCAUUCGUCUGUAUCUCUGCAAUGGAUACGAGGAAGAAACCAACAUGCUUGGUAAAGAAUACUUCCUAUUCAGCAGGUAGAGAUGAUGGAUGUUUUUAAUGUUUC